AUCGAGGGCAAUUAUGUCCAACUAUAUAAAUUCAUACGAGAAUCCAGUUUCAACUCUUCUAGCCCCCCUUAACGGUGUUAGGGUUUAUUUGGGUUGAAGAGGAAACCGACGACACACCCGAAGAAUCACCGCUUGAUUUCGUCAAUUAUCGUAAUUAGUCACUCGAUUUUGUUAAAUUGGCUGAGAAAUUAGUCGACUUUGAGUUCCGAUAAUAUCUAUUGUAACAGGUAGUGAAACAAUGAUGUUUCAGUAAACCGAAUCGAUUUGAUAAAGACACACACACAUAUGCGCACAAACUGAACUCAAGUUGCUAUAUUUCUUAAAAUGCCAAAAUCCAAGCCCUCAGUAUGCUCAUAUGUUCAUGCACUUCCUAGGUGAUAAUGGUAUAUGCUUGUCUGAGAUACUGACUGAUGGAUCCUGAAAGCAAGAGGUUUGGAAGAGGUCCAAAGGAACUUACGGGUGGUGUGGAUCUUAUAAAUUACUACAAAUUAUUUCCUCAUUAUGAGCUUUUCUGCAAGAAGUCGCUUCCUUUAUCCAUUUCAGAUGCACAUCACCUUCGUAAUGUUGUUGGAGACACAGUGAUUCGGAAAGGUGAAGGAAUGGAAUUGAAUCAGCUCAUUGAAAAUGAAAAUUCAUCCUUCUCAAAGUCAAGAGUCACAAAUACACGCAUCCAACCAUUUGACCUGAACGCCCUCAGGGAUGCCUUUUACUUGAGGGAAACUUUUCCUAUUGACUUGCCACCUUCAGAAAAGGGGAUUCCUACCCAAGUUGGAAUAUCUAAAAGUGAAUCUAAGGACAAAGAAAAGAAGCAUAAAAAACACAAGGACAAGAAUAAAGAGCAUAAAAAACACAAACAUCGAAGUAAACAUCAUGAUUUUGGUGCUGAAAACUUGAAGAAACCCAAUGAGAAGAAAAGGAAGCAUGAUGGAGAUGAGGACCUCAAUGGCAUUCACAGGCACAAGAACAGUAAGCAUAAGAUGGACAGAUUUGUCAAACUAAUUAAGAACUAUCCAAAGAGCAACCGAAUAUCAUUAAGAAGGUUUUAUACAUCCUCUUGCAUGAAAGUAUGGUAG